ACGAAGAAGAAGAAAAAGAAGAAGAAGAAGAAAGCAACAAGACACACAUGCCGUCAAAAGCCAAGAGGAAGAAGCAGAAGCGCUAGCUAGUUAGCUUAUUUUUGGUUUACAACUUCUUUACAACUUUUUGUGUUUGAAUAAUGGCGCCGUUAGACCUGGAUAAGUAUGUUGAAAUAGCAAGACAAUGCAAAUACCUGCCGGAAAACGACCUGAAGAGAUUAUGUGAUUAUGUUUGUGAUUUGCUGCUUGAAGAAUCAAAUGUGCAGCCUGUCUCUACUCCAGUUACUGUUUGUGGAGAUAUUCAUGGACAGUUUUAUGACCUCUGUGAGCUCUUCAGAACCGGAGGACAAGUUCCAGACACAAAUUACAUUUUUAUGGGAGAUUUCGUGGACAGAGGAUAUUAUAGCUUGGAGACAUUUACACAUCUGCUAGCUUUAAAAGCAAAGUGGCCGGAUCGCAUCACGCUUCUGCGAGGAAACCAUGAAAGCAGACAAAUAACACAAGUGUAUGGCUUUUAUGAUGAGUGCCAAACAAAAUAUGGAAAUGCAAAUGCCUGGCGAUAUUGCACAAAAGUGUUUGACAUGCUAACUGUAGCAGCUUUGAUAGAUGAGCAGAUCCUGUGUGUUCAUGGCGGUCUUUCACCUGAUAUCAAGACCUUGGACCAGAUCCGCACUAUCGAGCGCAACCAAGAGAUUCCCCACAAGGGAGCCUUUUGUGAUCUUGUGUGGUCAGACCCAGAGGAUGUGGAUACCUGGGCUAUCAGUCCACGAGGUGCAGGCUGGCUGUUUGGUUCCAAGGUCACUAACGAGUUUGUCCACAUCAACAAUCUGAAGCUCAUCUGCCGUGCACACCAGCUGGUGCAUGAAGGAUACAAAUUCAUGUUUGAUGAGAAGCUGGUGACAGUGUGGUCAGCGCCCAACUACUGCUACCGCUGUGGAAACAUUGCAUCGAUCAUGGUCUUCAAGGAUGUGAACAGACGAGAGCCCAAGCUUUUCCGAGCUGUCCCAGACUCUGAGCGGGUCAUACCUCCUCGAACAACAACCCCUUAUUUUCUCUGAACCAUUUGUUGUGUUGGUCUUCUGUCUUUUCUUAAACUUUUGGAGACCCCGCAGCCACAGCCAAGGAGCAUGGCACGAGUAUUAACGCAAUGCAACAAGUUUUAGGGAAAAGAUUUUUUGCCAUCUUACCAAGAGGCAAAUGAGAGGAUCCAUACCAGUUUCAUCUCUGUGCAUCCAGUACAAAGGUAGCAUCAGGUUGCAUGCUCAGAUAGAAUUCAGAAAACACAAAAACAAGUUUUGUUGUUUUAAACACAGCCAGAGUGUGUUGGGGUUGUGGGUUGCGAGGUAAGAUGGCUUAAAUAAUUGAUAUUCGGUCUCAAAUAGAUGUCGGCCUGGAAAAAAAAAAUCAUCCUCAUUGUCAAAGUCAGACAUAACCAGCAGCUGGUUUGCUAGCAACACUGGUGCACACCUGGCAAUCCCAGUGUUCACUUGAAGCAGUGCUGCGCAGCUGCAGAGCAAUCAUUGCGUCCAGAGGAUGUAUUUCCAAAUGUAGCUGCAAACAACAAAGAUCUUGUUUAUAUGGUUUUAUUUUUGCUCAUCAGCUUUUGAGAUGCUGCACAAUGUAUUUCCUUCUGUAACGGUUUGUCUGUGACUUGACUGAGCACCAGGAUAGUCUCAGAACGCCUAAAUGUUUUUUUAUCACAGAGGUUAAACAUGCCAGGACGCUCUCUUUUACCAACCAAAUUAAAUUAACAAACAAACCAAAAACUCAUUUUAAUAUUGUUAGUCAUGCUAUUGAUUGAUCAUCAAGUAUCAGUGCAGAGGCAAACUGUAAGACCUGCAAAUUCAUUUUUUUUUUACUCACAAAUUGUUUAUCACUCAGCACAUCACUCCUCCCACUCAAAACAUAAUAUUCCACCAUAAUCUUAUGAUACAUACAUGCUGUCCAAUUUCUGCUAACAUUUAUACACAAACUGAAAUCUUUACCCUGUCCUGUGGAUAGUCUCCCUGUUAAAUUCCUAAAGGAAAUUAAAUGAAGUCAGUCCCUCUGUUUUAAAACUUACACAUCGCCUAAUGUCUUGCACUUUCCCUUUGUCUUUUAGAACCGCUCUUGUGCAUCCUUAUGCAGCAACACUUGAAUUAGUACAUACAUUUUAAACUCCUGUCUCUUGCUAAAGUUCUCUAUAAAAUCAUGGCUAAAUUAACUUUUAUUCUGUAUGGAUGGAAUUUGUCUGAGAGGUCUCAAUCUGGUUUUAGAUCUCAACGCAGUAGAGAGACCGCCAUCAGAGAUGCCAGAUAACCCGAACUGUUUGUCAUUUUAGCUGUUAGUGUGGCGUUCCUCAUUGACCGUCUUGAGCAUUGGGUUGGUGUCUCUGGAUCUGCUCUGGUCUGCUUUUAGUCCCACCUCUAUUGUAGGACUUUCUGUGUUGGCCUCAUAAAUCUAGUUUGCCUUUUGGGGUACCACAAAGUUCAGUACUUGGCCCCAUUUUAUUUUCUUUUUAUUUACAGCUGUUGGGCCACCUCAUUCACACCCAUAUGAACUUACAUUUUUAUACCGAUGAUGUGCUGCUGUAUUAGUGCUGCAAUCCAAAUACUUGCUUUAGGGAAGUAGGGUCACUACGUAGGGUGGACAUUGUAAUUGGAUGUCCUAAAAAAAAUUUUACAGCUUAAUACUGGUGAAACUGAGAAUAUUGGAAUUUCUAGAUCACUUACUAACUUGAAUAUUUUUGCUUCAUGUCGGUGAACAUUGUUGGAAUCUUGGAGGUGUUUUUGAAAAUUAGAUCACCAUGGAUAAAAACAAUAACUCUGCUGCACUCUUGCAUAUUUCACCUUAGGCAAAUCUACAAAAUUAAGUCGUCUCUACAAAUUUGGCAACAGUCAGUCAUGCAUUCAUAAUGUCCCGUUGAGAUUUCCGCAAUUCCCUUGCCUCUCACCGUCCAAAAAUCUCUUAAUGCCCUUCAGAUGUGCCACAAUGCAGCAGCCAGAAUUGCAUUGCUCCACUGGCUGCCUGCUACUUUUAGAAUUUGUUUUAGCAUUUUGAAAAGCACAAAUGGGGUUUUCCUCUGACUAUACAACUGACCUCACUCCAGAAAUACCAGCACAUUCACGUCGAUCCUCAGAUGCUGCUCUACUGCUUACUCCAGAGUCUAGGCUGACGACAAAACAAGACCGUGCUUUUGUAGUCGGGGCCCCUAGCCUCUGGAACAACUUAUCUACAGAGAUUGGGUCAGCAAAGUCAGUUUCUUCUUUUAAGUCUCAUAGAAAAACACAUUUUUAGACUAGCCUUGAUUGUUUAUGGUUUUGUUACUUCACAUUUUUUGCCUUGAUUCUUGAAUCACAUUGCCUGUUCUGUUUUAUUCUAUAUGCUGCCUAUGUUUUACUCACAUCUCUCUGGGCAUUAAUUGCUCUUUUUGGACUUUUGUGUUUUCUAUUGCUCCUGGAAAGCACUUUGUGACUAAGCAAAGUUUAAUGUUAUUAUUCUUAUUCUUACUGCUCUAAUGGAUGCACAGAGAAAUAGAAAUUGGUUAUGGUUAAUAAAAUUACAGCCACAUUUAUUUAUGUUCAUAUUUGGAGAAAUUCAUGGGAGUAACUUAGAUUUCCAGUCUACACUUGCUGAGAGGAUGUUAUUUUCUAUGGCAAAAUCUGUUUGCACCACAUCCAGUUUUUACUGUCAAAAUGAAACCCCACUCUCCACCUUUAAUAUCAGACAUUGUGUGUGCCUAUUUAGAGUACUGUAUAUUAAACAACAUUGUGUAUAUGUUCAAAGGCUAAUGUAUUCUUGUUUAUGGUUUGCCAGUUUGAAUUUGUGGAUGGCUUUUGAAAGACCAGGGCUCGUUUCACUUUGGCAUGCAAUGAAAUGGAAAGUAAAAUAGAAUUGUUGGAAUCUACUGUGAAUAUUAGGCAGUUAGCCUCAUUACAGAAAAAAAAAAAUCACUGCUGCUGAACCCGUCCAGCAGCUCUAUGCAUUAUUAACACCCUUAGAUUUCCAGUUACAAAUAAAUAAAUAACACUUUUUAUUUGUUUGUUCUGAACAUUUCUGUCCUUGUUAGAUCAAAUACCAUGUACAGAAUUUUUAAUACUUACACAAAUGUCCGUCCUGCAUUUACCGGCCAUUAUUUUCUCACUGUACCUACUGUGUCUUCCCAAAAUUGAUAGUGUGAUGAGUUUUUGCAAAGGUUACAAUAGUUCUGUGAGCCUUGAAAUUAUAGGCUUUUGAAAGAAAUUACACAUUCGAUGUUAAAAAAAUCAUAUAAUGCCAAGUACAUAUUACCUGACUAGGUGAAGCUGAGGUUGAUUGGAGAAUUUUUUCAGAUGCCUAUUUGACAUGUUUUUACCCUGUUUUGUUUUAAAAAAAAAAAAAAAAAAAAAAAAA